GCCAAAAUCAUUCAAUCACGCGUGUCUGAAUGGUCCGUGUGUGAGAGAGAAAACUCUUGCUGACUGGUUAACACCGCAUGCAAUUGUGCCCCAGGGCCUUCACUGUGGACAAGAAAACGCGCUCACGCGGAGGGCACCAUCAUGAAGCUCAUGAAGCUCAUCAACCCACCUGCCAUAUAGACCUUGGCGGACCAGCACUGGGUGCCGGUGCAGCAAGUGCCUGGCAGACGCACGAAAUCCAAUCCACUCACCAUAGCGCUACAGACAGCCAGAUCGAGCACGGCGCUCAGCAUGCCACCCAUUCACCCACGUAUACGUAUGCACGCAAUUGUGUUGUCUGCCCCCAUGGCAGGCAGGGAAAACCUCAGUCAUGCAACCCCAGCUGGCUCGACUUGCUUGAACAAACAUACAAACAACAACAAACAAAAUGCAUCGGGGAUGCAACGCAAAGCUGGAUCAGUCAGUGAGGGGUCUGCUUCUUGGGCUCGUUGACGGCCGCAUUCCACGCCUUGACCUUCUCGUGGCCGUCAACCGUGGCGAAGACCUGCACACACACACACACAGACACACACACGUGUGUCUGAGUGUGUGGAUUCAGGAGUAGGCAUGUGGCGUGCGCCGGUACCUUGUUGAGCUUCGUGUGUUUGCCAUGGUCGAACAUGUCUUUGGGGAUGCCGACGAUGCCGUCCUUGAGCCAGCUCAUGAGAUUAUACAAAGACAAGUCUGCCUGCCGCACGCAAACACACAAACGCACCCGCAACAUCCCAACUGUGUGUGUUCCUGUCUUCACACGUGCCUGCCCGACUUACGAUGGUCAGUUUGCUGCCCACGGCGUAGCCGCCGUCGCCCGCCAGCUUCUCCAUAUAGCCAAACCAUUUGGGAAAAGUCACGUCGGCCAGCUCCUUUUUCAUCUGACAUUGCAAACACAGGACACACAACGCACUGCUUGGUGGCCGUGCUUCGGUUUGCCGCCGACUGACCUCCAUUUUCUUGGCUUCAUCUUUCUCCAUGAGAGCGGGAAUCAUGGCGGUGACGAUGUCCUCGAUGCCCAUCUGAAACUCCAUCACCUUGGCCUCCUCCCAGGUGUCUGACGGGAUCAGCCCGGCAAGUCUGCCCGCGUAGAUGAGUUGUGCCACGCUCUGGGCGAGCGGCUUGCCGUCCACCUCGAUGAUGGGGAACUGUCCAAAGGGCAGCACCCCGUCAGCCUUCAUCUUGGCGAACUCUUCGCCCGUCACGCGAGUGUCCUCAAAGUCGAUGCCCGCUGCACGCACAACACAGACACACAUGCACACGGACCGAUGAGACAGACAGACGAAUUGACAGACGAAGAGAUCUUGCUGCCGCAUCACCGAUUGUGAGCGCCAACCGAACGGGCUCUGCCCUGCCCUUGAAGGGGAAGUCUGCAACCAAAACAGACACACGAUGGCGCAUAUGUUUGCACGUCGGGGCGCUGCGUGUGCUCCUCUUACAGAUGAUCUUGAUGCCCAUGAUAAGGGAUGAGAGAUGUCGAUGUUUCGAUGUUUUGAUGCCGCUCGCUCUACGUGCAAAUAAGCA